GGGGCAGUAAACUGAGGGCCACAGCAUGGACUGGGCUGACUGGGAAAUGUCUUACCUCUAUUCUCUCGUGUCCCCGCAGGUCCUGUGAGGGGUACCAGCCGGUGACAGGAUGCCUCCCCCAGCUGUGCAGGUCGCUCUCAUCAUCUGCAUGGUGGUUGCCGGACUGAGUGCCAGCCGCGUGCCCACGUACGAGUGGACGGACGGUGCUAGCGGGCAGUCGGUUGUGUGUGAGCAGUGCCCGCCGGGAACGUUCGUGGCGAAGCAUUGCACGUUGGAGACGCAGACUCGUUGCUCUCCGUGCCCCGAUCAGCACUAUACCCAGUACUGGAAUUACCUGGAAGAAUGCCGCUACUGCAACGUGUUCUGCGGGGCCCGCGAGAUGCUCCUCCACGAAUGCAGCGCCACUCACAACCGAGUGUGCCAGUGCCCACCCGGCUACCACCGCAGAGCCCACCUUUGUGUCAGGCACACUGAGUGCCACCCGGGCUAUGGAGUGGUGCUAAAGGGUACCGCAAACAGAGACACGCAGUGUGUGCGCUGCCCCCUGGGAACCUACUCGGCGCUCGCCUCUGCCACGGACCCCUGCCUGCCCCACACAAACUGCACCGACAAGGGCCUGACGGAGAACUUACCCGGAACCCCGGAACACGACGCCCUGUGCACCAGCUGCUCGAAUCCUGACCUCGAGAAAGGUGAGCCGGAGUGCAAAGACGCCAUACUGGAGUUCUUGGCGCAUCACAUUCAGUGUCCCCAACGGCUCAGACGCCCGGAGAAAUCACCAAGCGAUCGGGACACAAAGAGGAGGAGAACAAGAAAGAAGCCUCGACCCAAACCUAGAACCUGCAAGGGGGAUUCUCUCCUCCGAAAGGUCCUGAACGCACUGAACCCGCACGAGCUUCGCAGACCGGAGCAGAAGGUCAUUGGUUACGCUGUCGCCGCGGAUGACGGCCGACUGGUUCGGCCAACGGGACUUCAUGAUGUUUGAGAUUUAGGGUUUUAACCUUGUCGUUGACUCUGCGCCUCAGGCUGCGUUCACGGAGUUUCCAAUCUCCUCCCGCAGCUCUUACUCACUUUUUUUUGCCCCGUCUUCCACUUGCUGGUAGAGACAGCUGUGGCUGUUUCAAAAAACUUUCACUUUUAUUU